AUAAAGUUCAAUGUUCAAAAAAUGUUACCUUAAAGACGCUGAGAGCUUAAAGUAAACGUGCAUCUAAACGUGCCAAAACUUCUUUGUGAUGAACAAAUGCCUUGCUAACAUCUGUCAGUCAUUUAGCAGUGCAUGUUUAUUGUACUGGUGCUUGUUCAGCACUAACACGUUUGGUUCAUGUCCCUGUUUCCAGAGAGCAGAUAUAGCCGUCGCACCAUUAACAAUCACGCUAGUGCGAGAGGAAGUCAUUGACUUUUCCAAGCCCUUCAUGAGUUUGGGCAUCUCCAUUAUGAUCAAGAAACCUCAGAAGUCCAAGCCGGGUGUGUUCUCCUUCCUGGACCCUCUGGCAUAUGAGAUCUGGAUGUGUAUCGUUUUCGCCUACAUCGGCGUCAGCGUGGUGCUGUUCCUCGUGAGCCGCUUCAGUCCCUACGAGUGGCACCUGGAUGAGACUGAUGAAGCCAAAGACCCCCAGACCCCUCCAGACCCGCCUAAUGACUUUGGGAUUUUUAACAGCCUGUGGUUCUCUCUAGGGGCCUUCAUGCAGCAGGGCUGUGAUAUCUCACCAAGGUCCUUAUCGGGCAGAAUAGUGGGAGGCGUCUGGUGGUUCUUCACCCUCAUCAUAAUCUCGUCCUACACGGCUAACCUGGCUGCUUUCCUCACCGUAGAGAGGAUGGUCUCUCCCAUAGAGAGCGCUGAAGAUCUAGCCAAACAAACAGAGAUCGCAUACGGGACCUUGGACUCAGGAUCAACCAAAGAGUUCUUUAGGCGUUCAAAAAUAGCAGUGUAUGAAAAAAUGUGGUCGUACAUGAAAUCGGCCGAGCCUUCCGUCUUCGCCAAGACCACGCCCGACGGGGUGGCACGGGUACGAAAGUCGAAGGGCAAAUUCGCCUUUCUUCUCGAAUCCACCAUGAACGAAUACAUUGAGCAGAGGAAGCCCUGCGACACCAUGAAAGUGGGCGGCAAUCUGGACUCUAAGGGCUAUGGUGUGGCCACCCCCAAAGGCUCAGCAUUAAGAAAUGCUGUUAACCUGGCAGUUUUAAAACUGAAUGAGCAAGGCCUGUUGGACAAAUUGAAAAACAAAUGGUGGUACGACAAGGGAGAGUGCGGCAGCGGGGGAGGUGACUCCAAGGACAAGACAAGUGCACUGAGCCUGAGCAAUGUUGCUGGCGUCUUCUAUAUUCUGGUGGGUGGACUAGGGCUGGCCAUGAUGGUGGCUUUGAUAGAGUUCUGUUACAAGUCACGUGCAGAAGCCAAACGGUUGAAACUCGAAAAGAACGCCCAAAACUUUAAGCCAGCCCCACCAGCCAACACCCAAAACUUUGCCACGUACCGAGAAGGAUACAACGUGUACGGAACAGAGAGCGUUAAGAUCUAACGAGCGGCAGACAGGCAGCGUGGUGUGACACCUCACAGACACGGCUGGAUCUUCAGCAGGGGUCGCCCACUCUCUCCAUACACAUCAUCUCCAGCCGACACGGCACGCUCACACAAGACCACGGCCCGCACGGACCGCCGCCAGAAUUGGAAUCGAUUUCUUCAGUGCCUUAUGGAAUAUUCAGAGUAUCACACUGAUGCAAACUCACGGCAGAAGCAUCGCAUCGCUCCAAUCACAUAAAACCCACGGAAUGCCAUCAUCACCAUCAUCAUCAUCAUCCUCAUAUCUGUGAAAUAAGAACUCCAUGGACAGCGAGAAAUAAAGCCAUCACUUGCGAUCUUAGCACACCGAUUGAGCCGAUCUGACUCGAGACGUCUUCUCUGGACUUUGUUGGACCCGGUGGUCGAGCGAACGCUUGUAAUACUGUAAAUUUGCUUUCACACUCGUUCAAUCGGUGUAUUCAUUUAUCAGAUUAUGGAUCGUUUCAAUUCCAGAUCAGGAUCUUGUCAGUAUAUCGUGUGCUUUUCUUUUGUCUGAUCUAUAUUUCUCAGAAGUUCAGAAGCUAUAAACCCCAUUUGACCUUCAAUAAUGGUGUUUCACGUCUCGUGCGUGAGCUUCAAGAAACCAAAAACCACCACACGGUUUGAUUCAUUCACUCACACUCUUACACACGUACUUACAGACAAACUUCCAAGAUUUUGUAGUUAUCACAGCAUACUGUACAAGAAACUGAAGCUAUAAAUCAAUCACAUUAUUGUAGAUAAACCGCAACUCACAAAAGGACAUGGCUUUUACGAUGUAGUAUUUGAUUACCUCACGGUUAAAGUCGAGCUUUGAGGUUUAGUUUUAUUUGACAAGCAUUAUUAGUGUUUGGUGAAUUAUUUAGCAAACGAGUCUAGGAUUAAUAACAUUUACAAUAGAUUUAUAAAAGGAGCUAACGGGAAGCUAGCACAUUUACAUUUGCUGUGACAUUUUUGUGUUGGAGAGAAGGAAAACCAACUGUGACUCCACGGGACCGAGGAUGCGGCCCAUCCCGUGACCAUGGACAGAUAGUUUUAUAACGAAAAGCUUUUAAAAGACUACAAACGUGGAAAACAGAUCUGUACAUUUCUAGUGAAGAAUUCCCAAGCGAGUGACUGAAUUCCCAAAUUUUCUAUCUGCAUGCGAAAACUUGUGAUUGCCAAGUAAAGCCCUGCGACUUCCAUUAGUUUCUAGAAGGUCGGUAGAAAGUGGGUUUCAGCUUUCGUAUCUCGACCUGUAAAACUGCACUUCAGCCCAGAGGACGUGAUGUAAGAGGUGCAUGCGCGGCUGUCGUUCCCCGAGCCCCCAUAGCGAGGCCUUGUACAAAGAAUUUUAAUACAUUUUGUAAAUAAAAACAAACAAAAAAAAUGUA